AUGUCAGUUGUCGGUUCCUUGAUAUUCUGUACCUAUUGUGGUAACCUCCUCGACUCCCAUAGUUCCACCGAUAAAAUAAAUUGUCAAGUCUGUCAAGCAGCCUAUCCAAAAUCAAAAUUCGCCAAUUUAAAAGUCAUAACUUCAUCAGCAGAAGAUGCAUUCCCAUCCACAUUAAGAUCAGCAAGAUCGGUGGUUAAGACUACUUUAAAGAAAGAUGAAUUGGAUGAAGGGGCAACUAUUAAAGAAAAAUGUCCAAAAUGUGGAAAUGAAGAAAUGAGUUAUCAUACAUUACAAUUAAGAUCGGCUGAUGAAGGUGCAACGGUGUUUUACACAUGUACUUCCUGUGGAUACCGUUUCAGGACUAAUAAUUAG